ACAACCAGCAGGGCUACGUGCACCUGGUGUGUUAGAAAACAGAAACGCUCACUUCGCUGAAUCUUUCCUUUAGGAUUUUAUGAGAAUUCGCAAAGCUGAUACGAUGUGUGGUAUGUCUAUUUUCCAAGUUACCUACGUUGUAUUCUUCUUAGGAACUUUAACACUGCAAGCUAAAGGCCACAGGAACAGUCCUUAUAUAAAAGAAAGGCUACAACGCGAGAAGUGCGAAUUCACAAAUCAAUGUAAAUACGGCCUGUGCUGCGUAAAGAAGGGCCCCAGCGGACCGAUGUGCCUACCAGUUGGAAAAUUAGGCGAAAAGUGCACCACGAAAGCUGUGGAGGGAGUCUACAGAAUGCGUUGCCCCUGUGCUGAUCACGCCCGCUGCCACGUCAAAAGUCACAUUUGCGUAUCACCGAGAAUAAGGCUCAACUCGACGAUGGGAGCUUCCAAGACCCCAAAUAAGAAGUGGACAUCUUUGUCCGACGCUGUUGUCUCUACUGCGCAAGGAAAUUUUCCUGUCUUUGGCGUGGACAAGCCACAAGGCGAGAAGUGCGAAUUCACAAGUCAAUGCCAACACGGACUGUGCUGCCUAUACAAAGGCAGCGACGGACCAACGUGCCAACCAGUUGGAAAAAUAGGCGAAAGGUGCACCACGGAAGCUGUGCACGGAGUCUACACAAUACGCUGCCCCUGUGUGGAUCACGCCCGCUGCCACGUCGAAACUAACAUUUGUGUAUCAGCGAGAAUAGGACUCAACUCGACCAUUGCAGCGUUCAAGAGCUCAAAUAAAAAGUGGACAUCUUCGUCGUGCGAAUGUGCACACUGCCAGGUGCUCGCGAACUUCCUUGAGCCCGAGUGUCCGUGCUGUCGCGAGAUGGGUGCAUCCGUAAGUCUCCCCCAACCGCAGGGUUGCAUGACGGAGCAUCCAGACUUCAAUCUUCUGUGUCUGAACAUUGCCGUGCUCCGUGUGGCGUACCUGGAACUUCGUUCAUGGGGGCACACCGUGAACGAUGCAAUGUACAAGUAA